AUGUCGUCCUCUUUGUCGCAUUCUACAAGUCCCAGAUUUGUAUUGGUGGCAACUCGAACUCGACCAGACAACCCACGCGCUGCACCAGUAGUGUCCGCUAGGCGCGCAGUUUACCGCAGGUCAUCCUCACCAUCACAGGCCCCGGUCACCGAUUCUGCUGCGACUCAGGCUUCGGUCGACAAUCCGCCCAGUGAUCCACCGCCUUCAUCAUCCUCGUCCUCGUCCUCUUCGCAAAGCGGCAACGAAUCCGAUGACGACUCGGACAUCGACGAUUGGGUGUCCCCUCCACCCCCUGCCGAUUGGGACCAUGAGGGUGUUUUCUAUGUCCCGAUCCCUCCACCCACGACUCGCGACGUCCGAAGACAAGUCCUCCGCACGCUUGUAAUCACACUGCUCACUAUGCCUAGCAGGGCAGAUCUCCUGAGGUUCGCCCUUUUCAGAGUGAGUAAGAGGUUUCUGGUGGACUACGCCGGGUUGUGGUCUCGAGAUCCAGAAUCUGGUUUUGUUGAUCGCUCCCAAACGACGAGCUUGAGGUCUCUCAUCACAGUGUGGGAGGAUGAGGUGGCCACCGUGGCCGACGCGGUCAGGGACUCAUGGAGGAGCAUCCGCGAUGCCCUGACGGUGGUUGUGGAAGACCUUAAUCGCGCUGGGGAUGCCGAAUUGGAGGGCUCAGCAGACACCUCGCGAGGUCCUGAGGAGUUCUUCAAGCAGGGCUUCGCGUUGCGUGCAAUCGUCAACAUCCCGACGCGUGUCCCCAUCGAAUACAGUUCCGAUGGGAUGUUGGUGCGAUGCGGGUAUUUCUGGGAGGAGCAUUCCAUGUCGAAUGUUACAUGUGAUACCAUCCUCCACGCCCUCGGUGAAUCGGGUGAUCAGCUUCGCUGCGAGCCUCCACCAAAUUUGCCUGCCCCCUGUGCAUGGGGCCAUUGA